UGCUUUGUUUUAUGUCAAUUCUUAGCACUAGCAGCUAAAACAAACAAACCAAAAGCCUAUAAUGCAAACUAUAGGUGGUAGUAGUGAAAUUAAUAAUUGAAGGUAGCAUAGCAAUAACAGUUAGUUCAUAUAAUUAACCUGUAGCAAGUCAUUGUAGCCAACUAGUAAUGCCUUAGUAUCAUCUAUUACAGCAUAAUAUCAAAACCCAGUUUAAAUGGAACUUGAAAUCCAUCUUCGUUUUCAUGUUCAUGUUCAUGUUCAUGUAAUUUUUGUCGUCUUUGCAAGUAUGUUGUACUUCCAACAAGCUGCUAAUUGUCUUAGCCUGACGGAGAAUGAUACUGAUCGACUUGCACUUCUGGAAUUCAAAGCCAAGAUAGUCCAUGAUCCACACGGCAUCUUCGACUCAUGGAAUGAUUCUGUCAAUUUCUGUGAAUGGCGAGGCGUUACCUGCGGCCACAAACACCGUAGAGUUUCGUCUCUAAACUUGCGGGGCCUGAGCUUGUUGGGUAGCAUAUCACCUUACAUAAGGAAUCUCACUUUCUUAAGAUUCCUCAAUUUUGCUAAUAACAGAUUCCAUGGAGAAAUUCCACAAGAAAUCGGUCAUCUGUUUCGACUAAGACAUCUCAACCUCAGGAACAACUCAUUUGGAGGAGAAAUUCCAGGCAACAUCAGCUAUUGCUCAAAGCUCAGGAUCAUAAAUUUUGAAGCCAACAGCUUGGUGGGGGAAAUUCCUGAUCAGCUAGGCUCUUUAAAGAAGCUUGUCACACUUUUUCUUGGUGUAAAUAAUCUCACAGGAAGGAUCCCACUAUCAAUUGGAAACCUUUCCUCUCUCAAAAAAUUUUCUGCUCCAUUUAACAAAUUGGAGGGAGAUGUUCCAAAUGAAUUGGGACUAUUAAAAAGCUUGAGGUUCUUCGGUAUUGGAGCUAAUUAUCUUACUGGUACAAUUCCUGCAACCCUUUACAAUAUUUCAUCCAUCAUUGCAUUCUCUGCUCCAGCAAAUCAACUGAAUGGGAGUCUUCCAGCAAAUAUAGGCAACACUUUACCUAACUUGCAGAGAUUUGGAAUCGGUGCAAACCAAUUCCACGGAAGUAUUCCAAUUUCAUUCACUAAUGCUUCUCAGCUUAAAAGACUUGACAUCUCAGGCAACAUUUUCACAGGAGGGGUUCCAAUAAAUCUGGGUAAUCUACAGGCACUUCAAUGGCUUAAUUUGGAAUUCAAUUUACUAGGCAGAAAUACUAGUAAAGAUUUGAGUUUUAUAAAAUCUUUAUCAAAUUGCAGUAAUCUAGUAGUACUCUAUUUUGAUGCAAACAACUUUGGUGGUCAAUUACCUAGCUUCAUAGGCAAUUUGUCUAACCUUCAAGAACUUGGUAUAGGAAGCAAUCAUAUAUCAGGUGAAAUACCUGAAGAGAUUGGAAAUCUUAUUAAUUUAUAUAUAUUAGGCUUGGAGAAAAACUUGUUUUCUAGUACCAUUCCAGUUUCUUUAGGGAAGCUUUACCAAUUGCAACUUCUGUAUCUAGAUGCAAACAUUCUAUCUGGCCAAAUUCCGCCUUCCUUAGGUAACAUCUCCCAGUUGUAUGAGUUUGAUUUAUCAGUAAACAAAUUAGAAGGAAACAUAACUGCAAGUUUAGGGAACUGUCAACAUCUGGGAUUUUUGGAUCUUUCGAGUAAUGACUUGAUUGGAAUCAUACCACAACAGUUCAGUGGCCUUUUUUCUCUGUCAAUACUUAACUUAUCACAAAACUCAUUGACAGGCCCUGUACCUCUAGAAAUUGGCAAAUUGAAAAACAUCAAUGCGUUGGAUGUCUCAGAGAAUAAAUUGUCGGGAAAAAUUCCUGAAACAAUUGGAGAUUGUUUGAGCCUUGAAAUCCUUAACGUGCAAGGUAACUUCUUUGAAGGACCUAUUCCCUCAUCCUUUGUUUCAUUAAGAGGUCUCCAACACUUAGAUCUGUCAAGAAACAAUUUAUCAGGAAAAAUUCCAAAAGAUCUAGAACAGCUUCCCUUUUUGCAAUAUCUAAAUAUCUCUUUCAAUAAUUUUGAUGGUGAAGUACCAAAGGGGGGAGUCUUUAGCAAUGUAAAUGCAUUUUCAUUUGUCAGAAAUGGUAAUCUCUGUGGAGGUAGUCCAGAAUUGCAGCUGCCAGCAUGUCCUGAGCAAAACAAAAAGAGAAACAGAAGUUCUUCCACUGUCAUAAUACUUGCGACAACCAUAAGUUCAUUUUUGUUUUUCUUGACAAUAACAUCAUUCUAUGUUUUCCGUCGAAGAAUCAUAAGAAUGAAUCAACCUUCCUCUUCUUUGACUAUGAAUAAGCUUCCUAAGGUAUCUUAUAAAGAACUCCUGCAAGCAACUGGAGGGUUCUCUUCAGACAACUUAAUUGGACAAGGGAGUUUUGGCUCGGUGUAUAAAGGAAUUCUUCAUGAGAGAGGGGAAAGGUUGGUUGCUGUAAAGGUACUCAAUCUUCAACAAUAUGGAGCUUCCAAGAGCUUCAUUGCUGAGUGCAAAGCAUUAAGAAGCAUCCGGCAUCGCAAUCUGGUUAAGAUCUUAACAUACUGCUCCAGCAUUGAUUUCAAAGGCAAUGACUUCAAGGCAUUAGUCUUUGAUUUCAUGGCAAAUGGUAGUUUAGACAUAUGGCUGCAUCAAGAAGAAAGCGGUACUAGUCGGCUAAAAUAUUUGAACUUUCUUCAGAGACUUCAUAUUGCGACUGAUGUGUCAUCCGCAUUAUAUUAUCUUCAUGAACAUUGUGAAACACCAGUCAUUCAUUGCGAUUUAAAACCGAGCAAUAUUUUACUUGACGAUGAUAUGACUGCUCGGAUUGGUGAUUUUGGAUUAGCAAGACUGCUUUCCCAAAGCACCAAUGAUUCUUCUCAAGGCCAGACUAGCUCAUUCGGGAUUAAAGGAACAAUCGGGUACAUGGCUCCAGAAUACGGAAUGGGAAGUGAAGCAACAGCUCAAGGAGAUGUGUACAGCUUUGGCAUCAUUUUGUUAGAGAUGUUCACAGGGAAGAGGCCGACUGAUGAGGAGUUUACAGAUGGUUUGAAUCUGCAUGAAUUUGUAAAAGCUAAGUUUCCAGGACGAGUGAUGGAAGCUGUAGAUCCAAAGCUUAUCACAAGAGAAGAUGCGGAGGCAGGGGAAAACAUUGAUGAUGACGAUGGAGGUGGUCAAACAGGGAUCGAAGAAGAUAUUGUCAAAAGGGAAAAUAUGACACAGGAGGAAGGCAAUGUGCAAAAUUGUAUUGAAUCAGUUCUUGAAAUCGGACUUGCAUGCUCAGCAGCAGUGCCAACAGAUAGAAUGAGUAUGAAAGAUGUUACAAGAAAUUUAAGUGAUAUCAUGGAUACUUCUCUUAGAUUCAAGACUCCUCAAGUUGACAAUCACCAUCAAUGAGAUUCGGAUAGUCAGGUGCAUGUAUAAGCUGAGUGAAUUAGCUUUUGUACAACUAAUUUCUUGCAUUUUGUUUCUGUCCAGAACAAUAAUCAGAAUGUGCACAAAUAAACACAAUGUUUAGCUUGUCGUUAA